GUUGACUCCUGCUUGUCACCUGUCAGGAUCCAUCCUCCUGUCACUGGCUUAUAUGGACAAGUCAGCCCACAUCACGUGACUGCAGGUUGCUAAAAACAGCUCCGGCACCCACUCCAAACCAGGGCCUGAAACAAUGUCCUCCACCGAGAGAAACGUAAAGGACACUUGAUCACACAAUCCCUGGAAUAAUAUCCAGGAAACACUUGCUGGAGCCACUUGCAGCACCCUUCCCUGGCAGCACACUUGGGGACGGCGAGGAGAUGAGCGCAUCUCUGAAUUACAAGUCUUUUUCCAAAGAGCAGCAGACCAUGGAUAACUUAGAGAAGCAACUCAUCUGUCCCAUCUGCUUAGAGAUGUUCACGAAACCUGUGGUCAUUCUUCCCUGUCAGCACAACCUGUGUAGGAAAUGUGCCAGUGAUAUUUUCCAGGCCUCUAACCCGUAUUUGCCCACAAGAGGAGGCACCACCAUGGCAUCAGGGGGCCGAUUCCGCUGCCCAUCCUGUAGACAUGAAGUGGUUUUGGAUAGACAUGGGGUAUAUGGACUUCAGAGGAACCUGCUGGUGGAAAAUAUCAUUGACAUCUACAAGCAGGAGUCCACCAGGCCAGAAAAGAAGUCCGACCAGCCCAUGUGCGAGGAGCAUGAAGAGGAGCGCAUCAACAUCUACUGUCUGAACUGCGAAGUGCCCACCUGCUCUCUGUGCAAGGUGUUUGGUGCACACAAGGACUGCCAGGUGGCUCCCCUCACUCAUGUGUUCCAGAGACAGAAGUCUGAGCUCAGCGAUGGCAUCGCCAUCCUCGUGGGCAGCAACGAUCGAGUCCAGGGAGUGAUCAGCCAGCUGGAAGACACCUGCAAAACUAUCGAGGAAUGUUGCAGAAAACAGAAACAGGAGCUUUGUGAGAAGUUUGAUUACCUGUACGGCAUUUUGGAGGAGAGGAAGAAUGAAAUGACCCAAGUCAUUACCCGAACCCAAGGGGAGAAACUGGAACACGUCCGUGCUCUGAUCAAAAAGUAUUCUGAUCAUUUGGAGAACGUCUCAAAGUUGGUUGAGUCAGGAAUUCAGUUUAUGGAUGAGCCAGAAAUGGCAGUGUUUCUGCAGAAUGCCAAAACCUUGCUACACAAAAUCUCCGAAGCAUCAAAGGCAUUUCAGAUGGAGAAAGUAGAACAUGGCUAUGAGAACAUGAACCACUUCACAGUCAACCUCAAUAGGGAAGAAAAGAUAAUACGUGAAAUUGACUUUUACAGAGAAGAUGAAGAUGAAGAAGAAGAAGAAGGUGGAGAAGGAGAAAGAGAAGGAGUAGGAGAAGUGGGAGGAGAAGCAGAAGUGGAAGAGGUAGAAAUUGUUCAAGCAGAGUUUCCAGAAGAUGAAAGCCCAGAAAAAGCUUCAGAGUUCUCUCAGGUGGAGCUGCAGGCUGCCCCUGGGGCACUUCCAGUUUCCUCUCCAGAGCCACCUCCAGCCCUGCCACCUGCUGCGGAUGCCCCUGUGACACAGGGGGAGGUUGUGCCCACUGGCUCUGAGCAGACCACAGAGUCUGAAACUCCAGUCCCUGCAGCAGCGGAAACCGCGGAUCCCUUGUUUUACCCUAGUUGGUAUAAAGGCCAAACCCGGAAAGCCACCACCAACCCACCUUGCAACCCAGGGAGCGAAGGUCUGGGGCAAAUAGGGCCUCCAGGUUCUGAGGAUUCGAAUGUGCAGAAGGCAGAAGUGGCAGCAGCCGCAACGAGUGAGAGGGCAGCUGUGAGUGGUAAGGAAACUAGUGCACCUGCAGCUACUUCUCAGGAGUUAGUAAUCUGCCUAGCGCUUUUGGCUUUUCUUAUACUUCACUACAUCUGGAGUCAGAUUCAGUGCUUGAUUUUUACUUUAAUGGAUUGGAUUUGAGGCUCCUCCCCUCCAGGGACAGGCUGCAGCUCCAGCGAGUGGCAGUGGAGCUGAUUCUGAGCCAGCUCGCCAUAUCUUCUCCUUUUCCUGGUUGAACUCCCUAAAUGAAUGAUAUUCAUUCCAACUGCUGCCCCUCUGUCUGCCUGGCUGAGAUGCAUGUGGGCAGCAGGAAGCCCAAGUGAAAUUAAUAUUAUGCAAAUGAUGAAAGGGACCUCUGAACAGGAUUUCUGCAAAAAUAACCCAAAACUGUAAUUCCAGAUGACUUAUCUAACAUAUUCGGGGGAGAGAAUAUUUUGAGAAAAUAGUUGCAGAAAGCACUGGAAAUAAUAAACUUGAUCUUACGCAAAUCUUUUAUUGUGUGGGAAACAUUGUGAAGGGUGUGUAGGUGUGGUACAUGUGUAUGUCAGUAACAAGUGGCAAAUGGUGAAAAAAGUGGUCACUAUGCUCUUGUCUUUCAUAGGCACUGGCUUUUUGUUAUUAUAUUAUAGUAGUUCUCAUUUCCUUUACUCUUUAACAGUGCAAGUGGUCAGUGAAAAUCAGUGUCAACUCAGAAGUGACUGAUUUAUCAAUACAUGGACAAAAAGUAAAUCAUUGACCAAAGCUAUGAAAUGUUUCACAAAGUUUUCCUCUUUUGCAUAACAGAUAUCACUGGAUGUACAUUCAGAAAUGUUCUUUGAAUUUGGUGACACUUUCAUGGUCCAGAAAGCUGAAGGCCUGGGCAUCUCUUGUGACAUUUUUCUAAUAUUAGUUUUAGAUUUUCAUAUAUUAGGCACUUAAAAAAGAUCUUCCAGCAAGAGCUGUCUACUUUCUCUUGUAUUCACUGUGGCACCAAUCUGGUAAAUUGUAGAACAAUUGCAUGUAUUUAAAUAUAUAUACAAACAUAUCACACAUUAAAUAUAUAUAUAUAUUUAAAUCAUGCUUUGUUAAUAUUUGUCCCACCAUAAUGCCUCCUUCAGAACGUAAGUGUAACUUUACUCUAUAUGAACUCUUAAAUAAAUGAUGUUUUUAAAA